AUAUAGUCCGUUAUAUUUUCGGAUGUCUUGCUGAAAGUGCACUGUUGACAUUAAUAUUAAGUGCAGCUAAAGAUAAAAUUUGGUUACAUUUGGUAGCGAUAAUUCUCAUUUGAAAAGUAAAGUUGCUAAAAGGUUGGUAAGACCGGUUCGCAGCGACGCGUAUAUAAUGGCCCACGUGCGUGUAGCCAUAAGCCGUUUUUUCUCCCCGAAAGCCGGCAUUUUGAAGUUACCCCUUAUUCCGUUGAGUUGCAGCUUUGCGACAGCCGCCGGAAAAAUGGGUCUUCCCAAGGUGUUUUUCGAAGUCGCUGCCAACGGCGAGCCUCUGGGACGGAUAGUAAUUGAGUUGCGAUCGGAUGUGGCCCCGAAGACCGCCGAAAACUUCCGUGCUCUUUGCACUGGAGAAAAGGGCUUUGGCUACAGCGGCAGCACCUUUCACCGCGUCAUCCCCAACUUCAUGUGCCAAGGAGGGGACUUCACGAAUCACAACGGCACCGGUGGCAAGUCCAUCUAUGGCGAGAAGUUCGAGGAUGAAAACUUUGUCCUGAAGCACUCUGGACCGGGCAUUCUGUCCAUGGCCAAUGCUGGCCCCAACACUAAUGGCUCGCAGUUUUUCCUUACCACUGUGAGGACCCCUUGGCUUGAUGGAAAGCACGUGGUCUUCGGCUCCGUCGUUGAAGGCAUGGAGGUCGUCAAGAAGAUGGAGAACUUAGGUACCCAGAGUGGCAAGACUACCAAGAAGCUGAUUAUUCAGAGCUGUGGUCAGCUGUGCUAAAUGACCAUGUAUUAGAUGAGCAGCAUUCACUUCUUCCAUGCUCCUCCCUUGCAACACUGCAGCCUCUUUUCCUUUUCCCCCUACAUCGAAUAGGCAAUUGGUUAUUUGCCUUGACCUAAAUUGCACCAUUAUUGGUAUGUCUUAAUCUAAUGUGGUUGUACUUGUGUGUUGUGCACACUUGGUAAACGUGUUAAUAAAAAUUCAUUUCCACCAUACUUGCUUUGCCUUUUGCCACCAUCAUUGCAUAUUUUGCAAUGACUAUAAAAUGUGAACCUUUUCUUUACGUCGAGUUUCCCACACAAAUUACUAUAGUUGCCCCACGAUGUGUGUUGUAGUGCUCCUGCUGUUUAAAACUGGCCAAACUUUCCAAAACCUCUUCAUUAGCUCAAAAACUACAUAAACUUAUAUGCAGCUGUGGGAAAAUUCUUGCCUGUGUGCCUUUAGCUGAGACUUGCAUCUUUUGAAAUUUAGAAGGUAAUCUUGUCAUAUAAGAAAAAAAAGCUAUGUGCUUUGCCAACCCUAUAGCUUCACCUGUUCCAAAAACAAGUUGGUUUGGUCCGCAAGAAAUUGUAAAACACCAAAAAAAAGUCAUUAGUGUGUAGUUUGCUGAAAGUCUCCAAUUCAAAAGUUUAGGAAGGGUCCUGAAACACCCCUUGGACUUUGCGAAAAAAGUUGCCAACGGCAUAUGCUGCUGUUGUAGUCUCGGCCAAAUUUUGCGCUUGUGCAUGGAGCUCUCUAUCAGAGUGCAAAGCCUCCUUUUUCUCACUAUUUUCAACAGACUCCUCUCUUUGGGGCUGCCAUAUUUUGUCAUAUAGCAGAUUCUCAUAUGGCCUAUGUACUAGCUAAUAGAAGAGUUCAAUCAACUGCGCUUCCUACUGUUAAUGUAUAUUGACGCAGUUUAAUAAAGGGGCGGAAGUAAGCAAAAUUGUGUUUCGAAUUUUGUUAUAAGAAUUGCGUACUUCUGGAAGUGCGACUUGUACUAUCGCCAGUUAGUCUGCUAACGCUCGGCUGUGUAGGAACUUUGGCCACACUGCUAUUGGUGUUGCAGCUGUCUGGUCUCGCUAAUUUCAAUUAACACUUGACUAGCCUCGAACCAUGCAUUACCUAAAGGGGCUGACACCUGGCCAGAAUGUGUUCGAGACAUAAAUGCAGUGACCAUGAUUUAUAGUGAGAAUGAAGCAUGCUGUUCAUGAUCUAAGUGGGAAUUAUAAUUUGAAAUUGACAAAGAAAGUCUCAAAAAGUAGCAAGUGGCAAUGAACUAACGUUGAAGCUUUGGUACGCCAGAUGUAAUAUGAGAUUGCUGUACGUAAGUCGGCUGUUAGUAUCCCACAUACUUGUUGCUUAAAAGUUAAGAGCUUGUUUAUUAUGAAGCUUUUGCACUUUAUUCUGCGUGUAUUAUGAAGUAAUAAAAGUACAUGCUAAUGAGUGCUGA